CUUUCGCAGAGAUGGUAACGUCGAAGAAUGUAAUAAUGUAGUAAUAUUAGUAAUAGUAGUAGCAGUAGUAGUAGUGGCAGAGCAAGGAGCGAAUCAAUGAUGUGUAUGCGAGUAGGAAUGGCAAUGAUAGCGAGCGGAUGGCAGUAUUGAUGAACGAACGGAGAAGAACAUAUAAAAAUGAAGAACAGUCGUAUUAUAUGCUAAGGAAAGCAAGAAGUGCUGAAAGGGUCGGCAUUUCGAUGUAGCUAACCCACUGCGGGCGGAUUUCUCAGAGCACGGAUGCGGUGGGACUACAAUGUCAGUUUUGCGAUGUAUCGGGGAGCGGCCUCGAAGAUGUAUGGUGUUUUCGAAACGCAUUGGGAAGAAGGGCCGAUUGCUCCCAUUCGACGCGGCGGUAGAAUGUGUGGAGAAGCGUGCGGAACGAUGAUUGACAGUCACGGCGCUCAGCCGGGUCGCCGAUUUGUUUCAGGGCGCCUUGAGUCAGGCUUGUGGCUUGACCGUUCCACGUGGAACUUGAAAAGGGCCGACUCCGCGACUCGAGUGGCUUGCUCGGUGCACAUCCGCUCCGCGACUCGAGCGGCUUGCUCGGUGCACAUCCGCUCUGUUGACACGAGUGGUCCUGAACGACAAAACAGUGUGGCGUUGACUGUAUGGGAAUCAAGGAAGCAGCGCGAGUGCGAAACUAUAGAAACUGAUGAUCAAAGUGGAGCCAGCUUCCUAGAUAAAGUUCCAGAUGUCUUGUCAGUUGCUUUCCGAGUGAGUAGGUUCUGGCCUGUCGGUAUCUGGGGAACGUAGCCGGAUAUUUACUGUGCUUUUUCUGGCCGAUUGUGAAGUCGUGUGCUGAAGCCUGGAUAGCCUCAUGGCCGGCAGUGUCUCGU